AAGUCCGCGCACCUCCACCAUAAGAAAAAGUUAAGGGGUUGUCUUGAACCUGCCUUGUCUAUCACUCGUGUCCCAGGUCUGGUGCUUCAUGGAAGCAGCGCUACACUCCAAAAGACUGAUGGGCGAGUUAUUUCUUUUUCUACUUUUUGGAUAAUCCCUGUAGAGUGUCAUCAUUUUGGUAAAAUGUAGCCGAUUUCAAUGUUGAGUGAAAGCUCAAAAAUGGGGAAGUCAAGGCAGUACUGGGACAACUUCGUACCCCCUUCUCCUCUGCACUCUUCAUCAUGAGGCUGUCGGGCAGAGCUAUAGCUGUCCGGAGGAAGGUGCUCUGCCUGUGGCUGCUGCUCCUCGGGUUCGCCCUGGUUACGCUCGCGCUCUCGGACCUCUUAAACCGGGACCGGGACCACAGUCGUCAGAAACCUGUCCCUCCUCUCCGCCCCCUCCAGCGGAUUCCCAAUGCACCGGACCUGGAGGUCAUCGUGGACUCCCGGGACCCUGCAUUAGAGCUCGGUGUCGAUCUCGCCCCGCUAAAAUCUUUGCAAGAGGACCAGCUUUUAUUCGUGCCGUCGACGCAGGACUCUAAGAACCCGCAGCAGAAGAAGGAGAGUUACAAGGUGCUUCUGCCCGGAGCAAAUAAAGCUACCCGGGCCCCUGCGACUCCGACGCACGGUAAAAUGGGGAAAGCAGUGCGGCUACACCUGGAGGGUAUGGAGAGGGAUAUGGAGUUGUCUGCCGUGCAGAAGUACGGUUUCAACGAGAUGGUCAGCGAGAGGAUUUCACUCCAUCGCAGGCUGCCCGAGGCGCGCCAUCCUGAGUGUUUGGGGGGACAGUACAGCGAGUCGCUGCCGUCUGCCAGUGUUGUUAUCUGUUUCCAUGACGAGGCUUGGUCAACGCUCCUGCGCACCGUGCACAGCGUGCUGGAUACUGCACCCAAACUGCAUCUGCAGGAGGUUCUGCUGGUUGACGACCUGAGCCAGCACGGUCACCUGAAGAGUGUGCUGAGUGAGUAUGUGUCUCAUCUGGACGCGGUGCGUUUGAUUCGCAGCACCAAGCGCCUGGGCGUUGGAGGAUGUCGUACACUGGGCGCUGCCAGAGCUGCAGGGGAGGUGCUGGUGUUUAUGGACUCCCACUGUGAAUGCCAGAAGGGCUGGCUGGAACCACUGCUGGAGAGAGUGGCCCAGGACAGGACCAGAGUGGUGUCCCCCAUCAUUGAUGUGAUAGACUGGCAGACCUUCCAGUUCAAUGCCACCCAGUGGCCAGUUAGGGGUGUGUUCGACUGGAGACUGAACUUCUACUGGGAAUCUAACCCUCAGCUGCAAGAUAAGGAGUCAGACUCAGCUGUUCGACCUGUGCAGAGCCCAGCGUUAGGAGGUGGAGUUUUGGCCAUCGACAGACAUUUCUUCCAGAGUGUGGGAGCCUAUGACCCUGGGAUGCUGUUGUGGGGAGUGGAACAAAUUGAGCUGUCAAUCAGGGUGUGGUCAUGUGGGGGUUCCAUGGAGGUGGUUCCCUGCUCCCGUGUGGCCCACCUAGACCACCACCACCUGCCUUACCGCUUCUCAGACCAGGAGCUGCUUCAGAGAAACAAGAUUCGGAUUGCAGACACCUGGAUGGACGCAUACAGGAAGAUCUUCUAUAGGAGAGACACUCUUGCUCAUUUCAUCAGGCAGUCUGAGAGCCCCAACAUCACAGAGCGUCUGCAAUUAAAGAGAAGUCUGGGCUGUAGGAACUUCCAUUGGUACCUGACUACAGUUUAUCCACAACUUUACAUCCCCCAGGACAGACCUGCACUGUCAGGCGAGUUGUACAAUGUCGGCACUGGCAGCUGUGCAGACCCUCGAGGGCAGGGGCUGCAGGGUGGGGCCAUGAAUGUAGCACCGUGCAGUGGGACGGGCAGCCAGCACUGCGAUCUAAACUCUGAGUUUGAAGUGCGAUGUGAUCCCAUGGGGGCUUUGUGUUUGGACGCCAAGGGAGAGAUGGUGGUCCUAUCUCCGUGCCCCAUACACCGACCACCAACCAGCAGAUUCCAGUGGAUGUUCAUAAAGCUGAGUGGUCAACUCGUUCAUCAACAGUCCCAGUUAUGUCUGGAGGCUGUAAAGGAAGGAGGGCUCCCACAAAGCAUCCCAAAAAAAGUCAACACCCAUGCCAGGACAGGAGGUCUCUUCCUGCGCCCCUGCACCCAUCACCCCAGACAACAGUGGCACUUUGAGCAACUAGUAGCUCCUAAAGGUGCCUGAUACAAAAAGCAGAGGGAUCAUCAAAAAUGUACUUAGUGGCAUACAGUAGUGAAAUGGUCGUAGGAAAAUACACAAAAUAUAACUUUUUUGCUCCACUAUGCCACUUGUUCCUGUUUUAAGGAAUGCAAAUACAAUUUAUUCUGUUAAAUAAUAAACAACGGAAUAUCUAAAAAAAAAUAAAAUACAAGAUAUGA